CACCACUACCUAGCUAAUAGAGGUACCUGAAAUCAGCUGAUGAGUGUAAACACUAAACUGUGUAAAAAGAAAAAAAAAAAUACUACCUACUACCUAAUUUGGCAAGAGACAUGUUACUAGGAUUGUCUUCCCUACGCCGAUUGAUGCUGAGCUUGUGACAUUAUGCCAACCACGAAAGGAUAGUUGCAGCUUCAGCAUUUUUUCAUGCACACCCUUGGUACACAGGCUGAGGUGUUGGGAAAGGUUAUUUAGUGAUCCAAAGACGAAACCUGAGUGCAGAUUAUCAAAAUAGUCCAUGAAAGAAAAUUUCAUCUCUUCUAGUCCCAGUUAUCUCAAAGAAAGUAGGCGUAAAGAUGAGUCAGACGAUCAGCUGGAAGAGGCAAUUUGCCCGCUGGAUGGAAGACCACCGGGGUUUGAUUAUUGUGUUGGUAGUAUUGCCUCUUUCCCUCAUUUUUGAUUACUUCAUGAAAUUACGUCACUGGGUCUUUCGCAAGUUCGUUUCAGCCCCUGAAAAACAUGAUGAAAGGGUUCAAGCUAUUCAAAACAAGAUCAUGAAGUGGAACAAACUACCCAAAGAUGAAAAGAAAUUGAUGUGCACUGCUCGUCCAAAUUGGCAGUCCCUGUCCACAACUUUUUUCAGAAAGGAUUUAUGUCACAAAAUACCCAUCCCACUAUAUGAUAUUCUGGAGUUGAAGCCAAGCAGUAUGACCAUUCGUGUUGAACCAAUGGUAACUGUUGGUCAGGUUACUGAAUAUCUGGUUCCACGUGGUUACACCCUGGCAGUUUGCUUAGAAGUUGCAGAGGCAUCUCUUGGUGGCUUAGCCAUGGGUGUUGGAAUGACUACAUAUUCUCACAAAGUUGGACUAUAUCAGGAAACCAUUGUAACUUAUGAAAUGGUGCUGGCAGAUGGGUCUUUGGUGCAUGUAACAAAGGACAAUGAGUAUAGUGACAUGUAUUACACACUUCCUUGGUCGCAUGGCACCUUGGGUUUUCUAGUUGCUUUGGAGCUUCAAAUAAUUAAAAUUAAGCCUCAUCUGAAAUUAGAGUACAUUCCAGUAAAAGGUCAGAAGAAAUAUUGUGAUAUGAUGAGAGAUCUUUCAGGAGCUUUAGACAAAGACAAAAGUACACCAGAUUACCUUGAAGCCACUAUUUUUAAUAAAGAAGAGGCUGUCAUUAUGGUUGGGAACUUUGCUGAUGUUCCAGAUGAUGAGCAACAUAAAGUCAAUAAAGUGAAUCAGUGGUAUAAGCCAUGGUUUUACAAGCAUGUUGAAGGAUUCCUGAAGAAAGAAGGUGACUAUGAAUACAUUCCUUUAGAGGACUACCUACUGCGUCACAACAGAGCUAUAUUUUGGGUAGUGGAAACAAUGAUUCCAUUUGGUAACCAUCCAGUCUUCAGGUGGUUUAUGGGAUGGCUCUUACCACCCAAAAUAGCAUUUUUGAAGUUUACAACUACUCCAGGUGUAAGGGCAAUGACUUUUACUAAGCAGGUAUUUCAAGAUAUAGUUCUUCCAAUGAAUGAGUUGGAAGCUCAGAUCGAUAAGUCAGAAGAACUAUUUGAUAUUUAUCCCAUAUUGGUGUACCCAUGCCGCAUUUAUGAUCAUGGACCUCAUAGUGGCCAGUUACGAUCUCCACGUAAGGAUCAAAUGGUUCCAGGUGCUAACUAUGGAAUGUUCAAUGACUUAGGAGUAUAUGGGGUGCCUCACUUGGUAAAAGAAAGAAAGCCGUAUGAUGCUGUUGCUGCCAUGAGGAAAAUGGAAAAAUUUACAGAAUCAUGUGGGGGUUACCCAUUCUUGUAUGCUGACACCUUCAUGACCAGAGAAGAAUUUGAGAAAAUGUUUGACUUGACUGCUUAUGAAAAUGUACGCCAAAAAUAUCAUGCUGUGGGAGCCUUUCCUCAUCUACAUGACAAGAUUAAACCUGAGAUUGAUGUAUUUGCAAUUGGAAAGGAAUACAUAGACCCAUUAUAAUUCAACAAUGGUAGUAUCAUGUUAAGGUAUGUAACACUUAAAUCUUAGUGACU